GGGGGCGCCCAAGAUGGCGGCCCCCAAAAUGGCGGGCUGAGGCGGCGGGGUCUGCCCCGGGCCCACCGGCCCCGGGCAGCGCGGAGGGAGGCGGGCGGGCCCGUCCGGAGCUGCCCGCCUUCUUCUUGUUCCCCUGCCCGCUCGCCGGGGUGCAGGCGAGAGGCUCCUUGCGGAGGCGAUGUGGUUCCCCGGCAGGACACCGCCAGCGCGGUUCUUGUUCGCCCUGUGUGUGUGGAGGCUGGUGCCGCGCCGGGACGCCACAGGAACAGAGGAAGUGGUCUUUGGGAAGGUUGGAGGAAGCAUCCUCCUUUUGUGCCGCAAUGUCUCCAAAGAAGCCACCGAGGUGCUGUGGUUCCAAGGGGAUCCACACUCUUUCCCCCCACUCUUCUCCUCAAGGGUCACCUUCCCCCCAGAUGUCCGCUUCUCCUUGGUUGACAACAGCUCUCUGAGCAUCACAGAGCUGCGUGCGCAGGAUGAAGGCAACUACACCUGCAAGGAGGUGCUGAACAAGACGGAUCAUGAGCACCGGGUCCAGCUCCUGGUAGCCAAUCCACCACAGUCAACCCCAAAGUGCUGGGCUGAGACCUCCUCAUCGGGGCUGAUGCUGCAGCUGGUUUGCAGCUGGCCUGGGGGGUAUCCCCACCCCACCCUGCACUGGAGAGAAGAGGGACAGGACCUGGAGAACUCGAGCUGGGUCCUCAGCUCCAUGACCUCCUCGGACAUCCACGUGGAAACACUCAACAGUUCCCACCUCUCCCACCGCAAAGUGUUCAAGUGUGUGGGGAGCCACGUGGUCAGGCAGGAGGAGCCCACGUGCACUGUGGAGAUAAAAAUCCCUUCACUGGAAUCAGAUCCCCCCAAGACCUGCUUUGUGGGCGACAGCGUGACCCUGACGUGCCGAGUGACUGAGAGCACCCCAUCAGCGAGGCUCACGUGGCUGCGGGGCAUCCCCCAGCCAGGGGCAGAGAUCCAGCCCGGAGGCAGGUACCUCAUCGCCCAGGAGGGCAACGUGUCCCGGCUCACCAUCCAGAACUGCUCCCAGGCCACCGACGGGGGCUGCUACGUCUGCAAGGCUCAGAACCCCGUGGGGCUGAGGGAGCUCUUCAUCUGCCUCACAGUGAAGCAGCCAGUGAACAUUGUUGGGGUCGUGGGUGCUGUUGUGGUCCUGUGCCUGCUGGCUGUCCUCACUGUCACCGGGGUUGUCUUGUACUACAGUCCCCUGCUGUGCCUCAGAGGUGCUGCAUUCAGGAAUCGAGACUCGGAUGAUGUCCUAGUGCUGGUGGACUCGGAUGAUGAUGAUGGGAAUGGUGAAGAAGAGGCCAUGAGCAGCUCUGCCCAGCAGGAGGUGCUGGCACUGGUCAAUGGGAGCAGCAUUCGGGCUCCUUAUCUCAACUGCCUUAUGGAAGGUGAUGAUGGCAGUGAGCAGCACGGCAGGGGCUCUGCAGAGGAAAUGAGGGGAGAGGAGACACAAGGCUCAUAGUUCCAUGAAGCAGCACACAGAGCUCCAGCUGGAUGCCCAGCACCAGGCACAUCCUUGCUGUGUAGCUGAGCACAGGCUGUCCUCAGCGGGCUGGAUUGGUCAGAGCAUCCCCACUGUCUUCUCCACUCGCCCCUUCCCCAGCUUUCCCUCUGUCCUUCCCCAGCCACGUGUCUCCAUUUCUCCUCUUUCACCUUCCUCUUUGUCACAGGUGCCUUUAAAACAAGGUGGCACCCAGUGCAGGCAGAGCUCACAAGUGGGGGUCUGUAGCCUGCUCCCCUUUAUGGACUCAGAUACCAGUAUGGGGCUGUGGCUUGGUCCCCAUGACCAGUGCUGGGGUUGCAGGAGUGCGAUGGAGAAAGUCACUGUGGGGCCACGAUGGUCCUGGGAUGACAGAAGAUACAACUGGUGCCUGGGCAGGACAUGGGUGCUGCUGGCUAUAGGGGGCUUUAUUGGUUUUAUGAUAAACAUUUUUCCCCUAAUCCUUCUGGAAUGCCACUCCGUGUCUAAGUUGGGGGUUAUCUGGCAGUGGUUUUGAGGGGGGAUGCCUG